GAGUCAAAUACAGUGCAGUAAGAAAUGGCGUCUCCUUUUUAGCUUUCCUAGCUAAAUGUUUCCCUUCAUGUUCGUAGCUACAUCGUUUCUUUCUGGGUUUUUUUAAGAAAGCGACGAACUCAAUAUACCAAUGAGAGCUUUCGGUUUUAGCAUUGGUUCAUUCCGCUUCUUCUUCAUUUUGCUAGCAAUAACUUGCAGUGCACUAGACACUAUUAGCCCAAACCAGCCCUUAAGUGAUGGAGGGAGUCUUGUUUCAGCAAAUGGAAAUUAUGAGCUGGGGUUUUUAAGUCUUACAGAUCCGAGACGGAGAUACUUGGGAUUAUGGUACAGGAAAAUAUCUCCUCGGACAAUUGUAUGGGUAGCCAACAGAGAAACUUCACUUUCCAAUACCACAGCAACCCUGAAUAUCACUAGCCAAGGAAAUCUUGUCCUUCUCAAUAGCACAAAUGAUCUUGUUUGGUUAUCAAAUACAUCAAGAAUAGCAAAGAAUCCAGUUGCACAGCUUUUGGAUACAGGAAAUAUCGUUAUAAGAGAAGCAAAUGAUAGUAAGAACUAUCUGUGGCAGAGUUUUGAUCAUCCGGGCGAUACAGUACUUCCAGGAAUGAAGGUGGGAAUAAACUUAGUAACAGGUCAUGAGACAUUUCAGUCAUCUUGGAAAAGCAUAGACGAUCCUGCUCUAGGACAAUUUUCUUUUCACUUGGAUACUCGUGGCUAUCCGCAACUUCUCCUUAAGAAAGAAGAUAGAGUAGUAUACAGAGCAGGGUCAUGGAAUGGACUACGUCUAACAGGGACUCCUAUACUUAGGCUUGAUCCUGUAUUUACUUAUGAAUUUGAGAUAAAUGCUAAGGAGAUAUAUUUCAAAUUUGAUGUCCUAAACCUUUCAAUUUUUUCAAGGUACGCUUUGAGUCCUACUGGCCUAGUGCAGCGCUUGUCAUGGGAUGAUAGAGCUCAAGAUUGGGUUACAAUUGCUACAGCACAGACAGAUCAGUGUGAAAAUUAUGCUUUCUGUGGUGCAAAUGCAAGUUGUGAGAUAAAUAAUUCUCCAAUAUGCGUAUGCCUAGAUGGGUUCACGCCGAAAACUCCCACAGAUUGGAAUAUGCAGGUUUGGUCAGAUGGUUGUGUUCGAAGGACUCCACUAGAUUGUAGUAAAGAUGGGUUUGUGAAGCGUACGGGGGUUAAAUUGCCUGAUACAUCUUCUUCUUGGUAUGAUAAGACUAUUGAUCUUAAGGAAUGUGAGAGAUUGUGCUUGAGGAACUGCUCUUGUAGUGCAUAUUCAAAUUUAGAUAUAAGAAAUGGUGGAAGUGGCUGCUUGAUUUGGUUCAAUGAUUUGAUUGAUAUAAGAGGCGUACCUGCUGGUGGUGAAGACCUCCAUAUAAGGGUGGCUUCUUCAGAAUUACCUAAAACCAAGAAGAAAGAAGGAUCAUUCGGUAAGGUGAAAGCAGGACUCAUCGCUGGCACUGCUGUUAUAGUGAUCAUCAGCAUGAUAGUGGGAUUUUACAUGUGGAGAAGAAAUUUUAGAAAACAAGGAAUAACAGAAGGCAGUCAUAUACAAGAGUAUGAAAGCAAAGAUGCAAAGGAAGGCAUGGAGUUGCCAGUUUUUGAUUUAAGUACAAUAAUCAAAGCAACAGAUGAUUUUGCAAGCUACAACAAACUUGGUGAAGGUGGUUUCGGAAUUGUAUAUAAGGGUACAUUAGCUGAUGGGCAAGAAAUAGCAGUGAAAAGGCUUUCAGAAAGUUCAGGACAAGGAUCGACAGAGUUCAAAAAUGAGGUUAUCUUGAUCUCUAAACUUCAGCACAGAAAUCUUGUUAAACUUCUUGGCUGUUGCAUUCAGAAUGAUGAAAAAAUGUUGAUCUAUGAAUACAUGCCGAACAAGAGCUUAGAUUUUUUCAUUUUUGAUCCUACGAAAAGAAAAUUACUUGACUGGGAUCAGCGCGUGCACAUUAUUGGUGGAAUUGCUAAAGGGCUCCUUUAUCUUCAUCAUGAUUCUAGAUUAAGAAUUAUUCACAGAGAUCUCAAAGCCAGCAAUGUGUUGCUGGAUAAAGACAUGAACCCAAAAAUUUCAGAUUUUGGUAUGGCUAGAAUGUUUGGUGGAGAUCAAACUGAGGCAAAUACAAAGAAAGUUGCUGGAACAUAUGGUUAUAUGUCUCCUGAGUAUGCUGUGGAUGGCCUUUUCUCAAUGAAAUCUGACGUCUUUAGCUUCGGUGUCUUAGUCCUGGAGAUAGUAAAUGGGAAAAAGAACAGAGGAUUCUUCCAUCCAGAUCACAACCAUAAUCUUCUUGGACAUGCAUGGAAACUAUGGAUAGAAGAGAAGGCACUGGAACUAGUAGACAAAACGCUGGAUUCUUAUGCUUUACCCGAGAUACUGAGAUGCAUUCAUGUGGGUCUGUUAUGCGUGCAACAGCGACCGGAAGACAGGCCAAAUAUGGCAUCUGUGAUUGUAAUGUUGAGCAGUGAGUGUUCAUUGCCAGAACCAAGGCAGCCAGGAUUUUUCACAGAAAGGAAUAUGCCUGAUGCAGGAGAGUCUUCAUCGAGUAAGCUUAUAUCAGCUAAUGAAAUGAGUGCCACAGUGCUAGAGCCACGUUGAAGGACAUAUAUAUUUCCAAUCCAUUCGAUAUGUAACUAGGGUUAAAGAAAAGUUCAGCUAGGGUUAAAGAAAAGUUCAGCUAGGAUUAAGUAGCAGAGAUCUAUAUACCCUUUGAUCUAGCCAAUGUAUCUAUCUAUAUACACUACAAUUGUGUAGUAAUUUUUUUCACAA